CCAGGCCAAAAGCUCCAAGUCCCACCUCAAAAACUCGAAAAUAACGAAGAAUAUGAAGCAAAAGAUUACUAUCAGUUUGCCGGUAAACACCGAGAGAUGCCGGGCUAAAGCCAUGAAAAUUGCAGCCGGUGUAGGAGGAGUGAAAUCGGUGGGCAUUGAAGAGGAGAAAAACCACUUGGUAGUGAAAGGAGAAGGGAUUGAUUCCAUCAAGUUGAUGAAAGGCAUCAAGAAGAGAUUCAAAUGCGCCAACAUUCACACCAUUGAAAAGGAGGAGAAGAAGUAAAAAAAGGACUGUUGUAGUGACGACAAAGACAAAUGAACAGCUAGCACUAAAAUGUAUGCAAACUGUGCAUGCUAGCUAGCUAUAUAAUGUUACCGUUGCUGCGGUAGUUCUUCAAACUUACGGGUCAAUAUAUCGUGGACCGUGGUGUACGUGCACCGGGAUUAAAAACGGCACCGUUUCUUUAAAU